CCUCUUCUCUCCUUCCACACUGAGUCCAAACCUACAGUCACUGGGUCCUGAUUGUGACAGUGGAGCCCAGUUUGCACUGCAGGGUCCAGAGAUGGCAUCAGUGAAGCUGGAAGACUGCAGUCAAACACUGGAGCUGAAUGUCAUCAUUAAAGAUGAAGAAGAGGAGGAGGAGAUUGGAGACCAUGUUGAGACAUUCUCUACAUCCAGAGAGCAACAGCAGGAAGGUCACAGAGCUAAGAGGUCUCACCACUGCCCACAUUGUGAGGAGAUUUUCCCAAUUCUAUCAAAGCUAAAAAAACACCUUAAAAUACACACUGGAGAGAAUCUGUAUCCCUGUACUGACUGUGCGAAGAAAUUCACGACAUCAAGGUCACUGACAGUUCAUCAGAGAAUGCACACAGGAGAGAAGCCCUACACCUGCUCUGACUGUGGAAAGAGUUUCUCUCGAAUGGGCAACUUAAAAACACAUGAACUUAUACAUACAGGAGUGAAGCCUUACUCCUGCUCUGUUUGUGGAAUGAGUUUCUCUCGACUAGGCGACUUAAAAACACAUGAACGUAUACAUACUGGAGUGAAGCCUUACUCCUGCUCUGACUGUGACAAGAGUUUCUCUCGACUGGGCCACUUAAAAACACAUGCACGUAUACAUACAGGAGUGAAACCUUACUUCUGCUCUGACUGUGGAAAUAGUUUCUCUCGACUGGGCAACUUAAAAACACAUGAACGCAUACAUACAGGAGUGAAGCCUUACUCCUGCUCUGACUGUGGAAAGAGUUUCUCUCGACUGGGUGACUUAAAAACACAUGAACGUAUACAUACAGGAGUGAAUUCUUACUCCUGCUCUGAAUGUGGAAAGAGUUUCACUCGACUGGGCCACUUAAAAACCCAUGAACGUAUACAUACAGGAGUGAAGCCUUACUCCUGCUCUGACUGUGGAAAGAGUUUCUCUCGACUGGAAAACCUAAGAAGACAUGCACGUAUACAUACAGGAGUGAAGCCUUACUCCUGUUCUGAUUGUGUAAAAUGCUUCACAACAUCAACUGACCUAAAAGUUCAUCAGAGAACACACACAGGAGAGAAGCCUUACACCUGCUCUGACUGUGGAAAGAGUUUCUCUCGAAUGGCCCAGUUAAAAAGACACCAAGGUAAACAUGAAGGAGAGAAGCCUUACCACUGAUGUGACUGUAGAUUUUUUAUUAACAGCUGAGCUAAAAGGGUCAUCAGAGAACACACACGAGAGAAGCCUUACUUCUGCUCUUAAUGUGGCAAAAGUUUCUCCAGAUUGGGCAAUGAAAAGACACAAAAACUGAUACACACUUGAGAGAAGCCUUAUCACUGCACUGACAGUGAGAAGAGAUUCUACAAUUUGGGCCAUUUAAAAAGACACCAUUGUGUACAUAAAGGAGAGAAGCCUUGUCAGUUCUCUCAGACCAGCUAUGAUUAGUCACUCAAUCACUUAAUUUUCAUCUCAUAGAAUAAUUGUCAACUUUGAAUUGGAUCAAAUG